AUGGCAAACCACCACUCAGAUGGUCUAACAGGGGGAGAGAUUCUCUGUGAACUACUUGCCAGUCAUAACGUUGACUACGUUUUCGGCUAUCCUGGCGGUGCAGCGCUUCCUCUUUUUGAUGGCCUUUAUAAAACUGAUUUGCUUCGUUUCAUUCUCUCUCAUCAUGAACAAGGUGCUGGUCAUAUGGCUGAAGGCUACGCCUGCGCUAGCAUGAAGCCAGGCAUUGUUCUAGUAACCUCAGGGCCAGGAAGCUCCAAUCUCGUCACCCCUAUGCUCAAUGCUCUUCUGGACGGUACGCCGAUGGUUGUGAUUUGUGGCCAGGUGGCAACCACUGCCCAGGGAACUGGUGCUUUCCAGGAGAUUGACAUUAUGGCAAUCGCGAAGACAUGCACAAAGUGGUGUGCUGCUGUGGAGAGAAUUGGUGACCUGCCGAAUAUCGUCAAUGAAGCAUUCUACCACGCAGCUUCUAAACGCCCGGGGCCAGUCCUCAUAUCUAUUCCGACAGAUGUCGGGAAAGCGAGUUUUGAGCCGAUACAUUCCACAAACCCUUUAAGCACACCGCCAAAAAUGUUGGAACAGGGGCCAUUCAUACAAAAUCGAAUGGUGUCGACAAAUCGCCGAAGUACCCCGAGUACCCAAGGUGAUAUGGAUCACUUUGCAAAACUCAUCAAUGAUUGUCGGCGUCCUGUCAUAUGUGCUGGCCAUGGAGUCCUUACAAAUGCAACUAGUCCGACCAUACUAUCCCAGAUUGCAGAAAAGGGCAGAAUUCCGGUCACGACCACACUACUCGGAUUGGGGUGUUUUGAUGAAACUCAUGAGCUGGCAUUGCAUAUGGUCGGUACCUACGGAGCACCAUAUGCAAAUUACGCCAUUCAAAAUGCCGAUGUCAUUCUUGUAUUUGGGGCGCGUUUGGAUGAAAGAGCCGUGGGCAACGCACUCCAAUUCGCUCCCAAAGCCAGGGAGGCAGCUCAGGCUGGACGAGGAGGAAUUUUCCAGUUUGAUAUCAGCCAUAACAAUGUGGGGAAAGUCAUCAAGCCGACACAAAUCGUCAUUGGAGAUUUGUCUGAGGUCUUGCCAAUGUUACUUCGGCGCCUGGAAAAGGGGGAGGAAUCGAGAAUUAUGGGCCACGCCUCGCCUCAACAGACUAUCGCAGAGUUAGACCGCCAAGCGUCAUCUUUGAAGCACCGUAUUACCAUCACGACAGGCGUCGGGCAGCAUCAAAUGUGGGCCGCACAGCGCUAUCGCUUCAGAUAUCCUCGCUCAUUCAUCACAUCUGGCUCUCUGGGUACCAUGGGCUUCGGUCUUCCCGCUGCGAUUGGAGCCCAAGUGGCUCGACCCGACCACAUGGUGAUUGAUAUAGACGGCGACGCCUCGUUCUGCAUGACCAUGGAAGAGCUGCUCACUGCGUCGCAAUAUAGUCUCCCAAUAAAAGUCAUCCUGUUUAACAACAAUACGCAAGGAAUGAUCGCGCAGGUGCAGCAAGCCGAAUACGGGGGCCGAGUUUGCUACAACCGUCCGGCCAACCCAAAUUUUGUUCAGUUAGCUCAGAGUAUGGGAUGUGAGAGCCAGCGAUGCGAACAUGCCGAUGAGUUGUCGAGAUGUAUCCAAUGGCUGCUGGAGUGUCGGAGACCGGCAUUACUUGAUGUUGUGAUGAGCGAAACGGAAAUGCUUCCUAUUGUGCCAAAUGGGAAAGCAUUGGACCAUAUCACAUUAGAGUAG